AUGGAGGAGGUUGUAGAAACUAAGAACCAUAACAAUGUCGGCUGUAAAAUAACACAUUUGAUGCCAGAUGACGCAUGUUCAUGUGUAACUAAGGAGUUCCCAACAACCAACAGUACCAACAACAACAUCAUCAGCAGCAACAACAAAAGUGGAACCUGUCGCACAACAACAACAUUGGUAAGAGACCGGAAAGGAGGGGAAAUCACCUGGAGAGCAACAAGCGGAAACUGCGGUCUGAUGAAUAUAUCCCGCAGUGAAAUGCACUGA